AAUACAUAUGGUAAACCUGUUCUCGCGUUUCUAAAAAAAUAAAAAUAGAUCUCUUGGUUACGAUUUGGAAAAAGGUUUUGGAGUGUGCUGUAAAUGGCUGUAACGAAACAUAUCAUUGUGAAGAAGAGCAAGUUCUGAUGGCCAAUGGAGAAUUAUAUCUUUUAGCGGAAAGUAGUAUAAAAAUAGAAGAGGUCAAAGAAGAGCCUGUGUUCGAGAAUGAAGACUAUUGCUGGAAUUCCAAUGCAAAAGUUGAAUCCAGUGCUUUACAACAUUCAGUAAAAGAAGAAGACAUUAACGAUGAGGAGGAGUUGGAGCCGCCAGAAGUCGUGUUUGUUGAGCCAACGGAGGAGCAAGGCGCAGCCCCCUGUAUUGACGAAACAAAGAUAGGCACAUGCACACCCACUCUGGUGAAAAACCUUUCCAGUGUUCUAUCUGUGAAAAGAGCUUCAGAACGAAAGGAGGAUUAA